AUGGAUGGUCAGGUUCCCGGGAGCCAAGACAAAGAUGAAAGUGGCUGGAAACAAGAAGUCAACCAUGUGCCUCAACAGUCAUCAUUUUCUAAGCAUUCGGGUAGCGGAUACGAAGGCCCAGACAGGCUCUCAAGAACCCAAAUGUCGGGAUUCAAGAAAGCAAAGUGUAAAGAUAACUGGAAUACGAAGAAACACGCAGGAACGGCGCAAGCUGCGUGGGUCUUUGUCUUGUCUUGUCCUGAUGCGAUGUACAGUAGUACACGGGUACAGGUAUCGUUUGUCAAUCCAAGUCCUAGCCAGCCAGCUUCAAUUGCAACGUGCUAUGCGCGGGUGUUCAAUUGGCAGCUGCUGUGCGUACAGUACAGCAUUUGUGAAAGCAACAUUGCUUUUCUCGAAUGGGGGGCAGUCAGCGAGUCCAAGGGACAGAAGAGGGAGACGAGAAACUGUACCGGGUGGUUUUCUAGUCUGUUGAAUGCUGGAAAGCAACAGCAAGGGGUGGGGAGGGGGCUUUUUUGGCGUGACAAGCCCGAUCGCAUGGCGGCGAACGAGAUCUUCGGACAGGGCGAGACGAUGCCCUUUGAGCUUGAGUCUACAGAGUAG